GCGGGGGCGAGGCAGAUGGGGCUCAAGGCGCGCAGGGCGGGGGCGGCUGGCGGCGGCGGCGACGGGGGCGGCGGAGGCGGCGGGGCCGCUAACCCGGCCGGGGGGGACGCGGCAGCGGCCGGCGAUGAGGAGCGGAAAGUGGGGCUGGCGCCUGGCGACGUGGAGCAAGUCACCUUGGCGCUCGGGGCCGGAGCUGACAAAGACGGGACCCUGCUGCUGGAGGGCGGCGGCCGCGACGAGGGGCUACGAAGGACCCCGCAGGGCAUCGGGCUCCUGGCCAAGACCCCGCUGAGCCGCCCUGUCAAGAGGAACAACGCCAAGUACCGGCGCAUCCAAACUUUGAUCUACGACGCCCUCGAGAGACCGCGGGGCUGGGCGCUGCUCUACCACGCGCUGGUGUUCCUGAUUGUCCUGGGGUGCUUGAUUCUGGCUGUCCUGACCACAUUCAAGGAGUACGAGACCGUCUCGGGAGACUGGCUGCUGCUACUGGAAACGUUUGCUAUUUUCAUCUUCGGCGCUGAGUUUGCUUUGAGGAUCUGGGCCGCCGGCUGCUGCUGCCGGUACAAAGGCUGGCGGGGACGCCUGAAGUUCGCCAGGAAGCCCCUGUGCAUGUUGGACAUCUUUGUGCUGAUCGCCUCUGUGCCUGUGGUUGCCGUGGGAAACCAGGGCAAUGUCCUGGCCACCUCCCUGCGGAGCCUGCGCUUCCUGCAGAUCCUGCGCAUGCUGCGGAUGGACCGGAGGGGCGGCACCUGGAAGCUCCUGGGCUCCGCCAUCUGCGCUCACAGCAAGGAACUCAUCACUGCCUGGUACAUCGGUUUCCUGACACUCAUACUGUCUUCAUUUCUUGUCUACCUGGUUGAGAAAGAUGUGCCAGAGGUGGAUGCACAAGGAGAGGAGAUGAAAGAGGAGUUUGAGACCUAUGCAGACGCCCUUUGGUGGGGCUUGAUCACACUGGCCACCAUUGGCUAUGGAGACAAGACACCCAAAACUUGGGAAGGCCGUCUGAUUGCUGCCACCUUUUCUUUAAUCGGAGUCUCCUUUUUUGCCCUUCCAGCGGGCAUCCUGGGGUCGGGGCUGGCACUUAAGGUGCAGGAGCAACACCGUCAGAAGCACUUUGAGAAAAGGAGGAAGCCAGCUGCUGAGCUCAUUCAGGCUGCCUGGAGGUAUUAUGCCACCAACCCCAACAGGAUGGACCUGGUGGCAACUUGGAGGUUUUAUGAAUCCGUCGUCUCUUUUCCGUUCUUCAGGAAAGAACAGCUGGAGGGAGCAGCCAGCCAAAAGCUGGGUCUCUUGGAUCGGGUUCGCCUUUCUAAUCCUCGUGGUAGCAAUACUAAAGGAAAGCUAUUUACCCCUCUGAAUGUAGAUGCCAUAGAAGAAAGUCCUUCUAAAGAACCAAAGCCUGUUGGCUUAAACAAUAAAGAGCGUUUCCGCACCGCCUUCCGCAUGAAAGCCUACGCUUUCUGGCAGAGCUCUGAAGAUGCCGGGACAGGCGAUCCCAUGGCGGAAGACAGGGGCUACGGGAAUGACUUCCUCAUUGAAGACAUGAUUCCCACCCUGAAGGCCGCCAUCCGAGCCGUCAGAAUUCUACAAUUCCGUCUCUAUAAAAAAAAAUUCAAGGAGACUUUGAGGCCUUACGACGUGAAGGAUGUGAUCGAGCAGUAUUCCGCAGGGCAUCUUGACAUGCUUUCCAGGAUAAAGUACCUGCAGACGAGAAUAGAUAUGAUUUUCACCCCUGGACCUCCAUCUACUCCAAAACAUAAGAAGUCUCAGAAGGGGACGGCAUUCACCUACCCAUCCCAGCAGUCUCCCAGGAAUGAACCAUAUGUAGCCAGAGCAUCCACAUCAGAAAUUGAAGACCAAAGCAUGAUGGGGAAGUUUGUAAAAGUCGAAAGACAGGUUCAGGACAUGGGGAAGAAACUGGACUUUCUCGUGGAUAUGCACAUGCAGCACAUGGAACGGCUGCAGGUGCAAGUCACGGAGUAUUACCCGGCCAAGGAGGCCUCCUCGCCAGCUGAGGGGGAGCAGAAAGAGGACAACAGGUAUUCUGAUUUGAAAACCAUCAUCUGCAACUAUUCGGAGACAGGCCCCCCGGAACCCCCCUACAGCUUCCACCAGGUGCCCAUCGACAAAGUCGGCCCUUAUGGGUUUUUUGCACAUGAUCCUGUGAACCUGCCCCGAGGGGGACCCAGUUCUGGAAAGAGCCCGGGGACUCUUCCUUCCUCGACAGCAACGUAUGCGGAAAGGCCCACCGUCCUGCCUAUUUUGACUCUUCUGGACUCCCGAGUGAGCUGCCACCCCCAGGCUGAACUGCACGGGCCCUACUCAGACCGAAUCUCCCCCAGGCAGAGACGCAGCAUCACACGGGACAGCGAUACACCUCUGUCCCUCAUGUCAGUCAACCAUGAGGAGCUGGAGCGGUCUCCAAGUGGCUUCAGCAUCUCCCAGGACAGAGACGAUUAUGCGUUUGGCCCCAGCGGGGGGUCGAGCUGGAUGAGGGAGAAGCGGUACCUCGCCGAGGGUGAGACGGACACAGACACGGACCCCUUCACGCCCAGUGGCUCCAUGCCUCUGUCGUCCACAGGGGAUGGGAUUUCUGAUUCCAUAUGGACCCCUCCCAAUAAGCCCGUUUAAAAGGGGUCACUGGCUGACUCCUCCUUGUAAUGUAGACAGACUUUGUACAGCUCACUCACUCUCACACCGGACGCUUACCAGCGGGGACACCAAUGGCUGCAUCAAAUGCAUGCAUGUGCGUGGUGGCCCCACCCCAGCAGAGGCUUCCCACGGCCUUCUUCCUCCCCAUGUUGCCACGACAAAGCACUUCCUUUUCAGCAUGGUUUGCAUGACUUUACACUAUAUAAAUGGUACCGCUAAUCUCUUCUAGGAUA